AUGGGAGAAUAUCUCAGUGAUGCAAUCGGUCUAUCAGCAAGAAUGAUCGAGGAAAAAGAACGCGCCGUUCAACUGACAAUGGGAGAAGACGAAAAAUUUUUGAAUUCAGAUGCUCGGUCGGUUGACAAGAUGUACAUAGAGUUCGACAACCUCUCGUAUUCCGUGUGCUCCAGCAAAGGCAAUGUUGCGACAUUGUUUGAGACGUACAAUUACGGGACAAAUGAAAUUAUUAUUCUGCGGAAAAUCACAUCUCUCUGUUUCCUUGUGAUAGGAAAGUCAAAGACGGUGUUGGAGAAUGUGACAGGAUGCUUUCGUCCUGGGAGAUUGACGACGAUCAUCGGUCCUUCCGGCGCUGGAAAAACCACGUUGCUACGCGUUAUAUGCAGCGCAAAAACACCAAGUGUUAAUGGGUCGAUCACCAUUAACGGUAACAAGUGGAACGGCAAUACUUUCCGAAAGCAGAUACGUCUCAUACCGCAGGAAUUCGCUCUUCAACCGUUGCUCACUGCCAAAGAAACACUGUAUAUCGCAGCACGUUUGAAGAUACGAGACAUUUGCGAUAAGCAUGCCGUCAAUUUCAUUGUGACGGAAAUAGCAGAAAGUUUGAACAUGACAAGCUGCUUGAACACUCUGGUGGGAGACCUAAGCGGCGGAGAACGAAAGAGAUUGUCGAUUGGCGUAGAAAUAAUCACGAAACCGUCUAUAUUGUUAAUCGACGAGCCGACCAGCGGACUUGACAGUGCAUCGUCGAAUCAGGUAAUUGGGCUGUUGCAUAAAAUAGCAAAAGGAGGUUGCACGGUCGUUUGCGCGAUUCAUCAACCAAGCAGUCGUAUGAUAUCGCAAUUUGACGAUUUACUAGUGAUACAUAACGGGACCUCGUUCUAUUGCGGAGUUUGGAACGAUGUUUUUUGUACCUUCAACGAGGCGGGAUACGUGUGCCCUCAGUUUUAUAAUAUAUCUGAAUUUGUUCUUGAAGUGAUAACGGGAGAGAGGGAUGGAGAUCUGAGCAAUUUGCACAAACUUAGCCAAGAUAAAUACUGGAAAUGGAGGGAGCAUUUCCAACAAUCUGUUGCGGAAACAGAUGUUACAGUUGCACCAAGAUUGGAUAUUAUUACCAACAAAUCGAAGCUAUCGUCUAUGUGGCAAGAGCAGAAGAUUUUAUUACUGAAGGCGUUGAUUUGUAUCAAACGGGACCAUAUGUUGACGAAGUUGAGAUUCACGGCACACGUUGUAAUAGCUUUUUUACUAGGCGUAAUGUUCUAUGAUUCCGGGACUAACGCUAGUAGGAUUCACAGCAAUAUAGCCUGCGUAUUUUUUAUUCUGUUGUUUUUGUACUUUGCGAACUCCUUGCCAGCUGUACAGAUGUUUCCUAUAGAGGCCGCUGUUUUCGUACGAGAAUACUUAAAUAAUUGGUACCGUUUAACGUCUUAUUUUUCUGUAAAAGUUUUGUCAGAUCUUCCGUUACAAAUUCUUUCACCUUCGGUGUUAAUUACAAUUACAUACUACAUGAGUGGUCAACCGAUGGAAUGCGACAGAUUUUUACGUACUUGGCUACUUUGUAUUUUGACAACAAUCCUUGGACAAUCAUCAGGAAUGCUCAUUGGCGCUGUCUUCAAUACACAGUUGGGAAUUUUCUUGAUUCCUGCACUCAACAUGCCAAUGAUAUUGUUUGCCGGAUUUUUCUUAAAAUUUAGCGAGGUACCAUUAUUUCUUAAACCUUUGUGCUCCAUUAGUUUCUUUAGAUUUGCGUUUGAAGGUAUUUUACAAGCAAUUUACGAUGGAGAUAGAGAAAGAUUGCGGUGUUACGAAAUUUAUUGUCAUCUACGUUCGCCUAAAAGGGUCUUAGAAGAGAUGGAUAUGCCCGCAAUUUCUUAUUACACGGCUGUGUUAGGUUUAUGUAUUUGGAUACUGUGUUUGCAAGUCUCGACAUAUUUGGUGCUUAAAUGGAAAGCACAAAAAGCUAAACAAUGA